UCAUUUCUGGGAUUCUCAUGCAUCAUCCUAAUCCUAUGUGGUAAGCACAUAACAAGGAUAGAAAGAGCACAAAGCUAAGGAGAUCCUAAAGAUGAGCUGCUCUUUCAGCUUACAACUCUUCUUUCCCAAACCCUCCUCCCCUUCUCUCCAUCACCAAUCCAAAUCAAGACUCAAAGCAGUCAAGAAUCCUAGUAUUUACAUGAAACUCACAGGUUCCAGCCAAAAUCAAACUGAUGACUGCUCUGAUGUUGUGAAGAGGAUUUCCAGAUUGGGUAUUCAGUUUGGGGCAUUUUUGGCCAUUGCUGAGCAACCGGCUUUAGCGGUUACCGGAGUAAAUGACCAGGAAGAUUUGAUAACAAUUUUGAUUCAAGGGGGAAUUGUUGCUGUCUGGUACUUCCUCAUUAUGCCACCAAUCAUUAUGAACUGGCUUAGGAUAAGGUGGUACAGAAGAAAACUAUUGGAAAUGUAUUUGCAGUUCAUGUGUGUCUUCUUGUUCUUUCCUGGUGUGAUGCUUUGGGCACCAUUUCUCAACUUCAGGAAGUUCCCUAGAGAUCCAUCACUCAAGUAUCCCUGGUCUACUCCUCAAGAUCCUUCUAAAGUUGAGAAUACAUUUUAUAAGUACCCCUUCGCAGAACCUGAAGAUUAUGAUCCCAUCCGUUGAAAACUCAAUUAUCUCAACUGUCGAGUCUCAUUUGUAUCUCUCAUCUGCUGAAUCCCAUAAAUUCACUCGUGCCCUGUGUGUCCAACUCAAUAGUUGAUAUCCCAAUGAUCCCGUGAAAUAGCACAAGUUUUAUGCUUUGCUUUGUAUCAUAAUAGUAUCCAAUUCGUCAAUGUUGAAAAAUUGAAAUUGAUAAUCCAACGAUACUCUCUGUGAAGGAAAGACUAAUCUUUAUUCGCCAACAGCUAUUUCAUAUUCCUUUUCAAAGAAUCCAAUGGUCAAUGUUGCUGUUACUGGGCUGUUUAUAAAAGUUAAAACUCCACUGAUCCACUCCCAUGUUUUAAAACGUA